UCACAUGCUUUGCACAAGUCUAGGUAGGUGAUACCAGUUGCUCUUCCCUUAUCCACCAGUGCUGUAACCCCAUCGUAGAAGAUCACCAAAUUUAUCAGGCAGAAUUUGCCAUCAGUGGAGCCGUGUUGGCUGUCACCAAUCACCUUAUUUAUCAUGUGCCCUAUCAUAGUUUCCAGGAGGAUCUGCUCCAUGAUUUUGCCAGGCACAGAGGUGAAACUGACUGGCCUGUAGUUCCCUGGGUCCUCUUUUCCUUUUUUAAGAACAGGGGUUAUGUUUCCUCUUUUCUAGUCAGUGGGAACUUUACCGUACUGCCACAAUUCCUCAAAUAUGAUGGAUAGUGGAUUAGCCACCUCAUCUGCCAGUUCCCUUGGGACCCACAGAUGCAUCUCAUCAGGUCCCAUGGACUUGUGCAACUUUAGGUUCCUUAGAUGGUCUUGAACCUGAUCUACAGUGGACGGUUCUUCAUUGUCCCAGUCCUUGCCUUUACCUUUUGUGUCUUGGGCAUUGUGGUUGGAGCACUUGUUGGUAAAGAUGGAGGCAAAAAAGUCAUUUAGUACCUCAGCCUUCUUCAUAUUCUGGGUGACCAAGUAUCCUAUUUCCUUCCAGAGAGGGCCCACAUUUUCCCUAGUCUUCCUUUUAUCACCAUCAUACAUACAGAGGCUUUUCUUGAUGUCCUUGACAUCCCUGGCCAGAUUUAAUUUUAUCAGGGCUUUGGCCUUCCUAACCUGAUCCCUGGCUGCUCAGACAGUUUCUCUGUAUUCCUCCCAGGCUGCUUGUCCUUGCUUCCACCUUCUCUUGGCUUCCUUUUUGUGUUUGAGCUUAUCCAGCAGUUCUUUGUUCAUUUGUGCAGGCCUCUGGAUAUUCUUACUUGACUUCCUCUUUGCUGGGAUGCAUUGCUCCUGAGCUAGGAGGAGGUGAGCCUUGAAUAUUAAACAGCUUUCUUGGGCCCCUCUUCCCUCCAGGCCUUUAUCCUGCGAUACUCUGCCAAGCAGAUAUCUGAAGAGGCCAAAGUCUGCUCUCCUGAAGUCCCGGGUAGGUAGUGAGCUUGCUGUGCACUGCCUUGCUGCCCUAAGGAUCUUGAACUCUGCCGUUUCAUGGCCACUGCAGCCAAAGCUGCCCUUGAGCUUCAUGUUCCCCACGAGCCCCUCCUUGUUGGUGAGAACAAGGUCCAGCAUAACACCUCUUCUUACCAGCUCCUCUGUCACUUGGAGAAAGAAGUUAUGAUCAGUACAUUCCAGGAACCUCCUGAGUUGCUUAUUCCCUGCUGUGUUGUCCCUCCAGUUGGGAAGUGGUUCAAGUCCCCCAUGAGGACCAGAGGUGAAUAUGAGGUUGCUCCUGUCUGUCUAUAAAGGGCGUCAUCCACCUGGUCUUCCUGGUCAGGUAGCCUGUAGCAGACCCCCACUAUAAUGUCUCCUGUCCCUGCCCUCCCCUUAAUCCUGACCCGUAAGCUCUUUGUCGGCUCCUCACCCAUCCCCAGGCAGAGCUCCCUGCACUCCAGCUGGUCACUGACACAGAGGGUGGCACCCCCUUCUCGCCUCCAAUGCCUGUCCUUCCUGAAGAGCCUGUAUGCAAACAUGCGCUUGCAAGUUGGGCCUCUGAUGAAGCUGACUUACUGGCUGGAAUCCCUUUGUGCUGCUGUUCAGGGGCUCUCCUGCUGCCCUGUGACCCUUCUUCAGGCUCUGGGCAUCUAUUGCUGACACUGGCAUCAAACUGGUAGGAGUGGGAUGGAUUGAGGUUCCCCUCCCCUGGCAACUUGAGUUUAAAGCCCUCUUCAUCAGCUUGAUUUACUUCGUCAGACAUAUUAUUUGUGCUGAGAUUCUGUUUCUUCCUACCAUUAUUAUUUCCUUUUGCAUUUUUAAUCAAUUGAUCCAUUAGGAAAGAGCCUGAUUGCACUAAGUUUUUACUCUCGUGUCUAAGAUUGUGAAAAAAAUGUGAUAAACACUGCUGAAACUUCUAAUGUAGAAGUUGUGUUGAAGUCUAAAGAGCUUUAAAUGUGCUGCUGAAAUUGAUCACUUCAGCUUGAUAGGCAUCGGAAACUUAACACUGACACUACUAACAGUAAAGCUGUUUAUUUACUGAAGCUGUCACUUUUUUAAAUCACUAAAAGCUGGAAACUUUCUCAGUUGCUUCUUUUGUUGCACAACUGUCACAAGUGCACUAUCACAAGUGCAGAAUGUAUCGUUAAGUAAAUUAUUAAAUGCAUCUGCAUGUUGUGUUGUAAAUCUUGCUCAGGAAACAAAGUAUUCUAAUAAAAUUCAUGCACAAUUUUUGACUUUAAUUGCUGCUGAUUUUUUUUAAUAGAAUUUCUGUUCUGUAACUGAUAGAAUCAUUACCUUUUGUCCUCUGAAAUAAAGAAGAAAGCUUUUUCCUUCUUAUUAAAUUAAAAAUUAUGCUGAGAUGGUGAAUCAUAGCCUGUCAUUGAUAGAAAGUCAUAUGUUACUUAGUUCCUUCAUUUCUGUUAAGGACUUACUCAUUUCAAGCUGAGACUGGUGUGACUUUCUAUGCCUCUUACGUGCUCAGAUAAGAAUUUAGCCAAAACUUUUAAGAAGUUUUAAUCACAUGUGAGAAUUUCAAAAUGUUUCAAGGAGUUCACUUAUAUCUAGCAGUCAGUGAAUACCGUUCUUCAGGAUUUAGUUCCUUACAGUUUAAAUAAUAUGGCUGGUUUAUUUUUUCCAGUUGGAUUUGAAGGGGGAGUGCUGUUUUUUGGAUAUUUUUCAUAGCACAUUUUCCCUGAUCUUGAUUGCUGGUCUUUUGUUUAAAGGUAGCACAGAAAGAUAUCCACUGGAAUGUCUUAUUUGUUGGGACUGCAGAGGAUAUUCCCAGUCUAUGUACUAGUAUAGGUAUUUUGGUAAUGUUCUUAUCCCUGAACCAACAGUAUGGUAUACCAGUACGGAGUGCCAGGACUUCUCCAUUCUCCACUGGGAAAAGGUGUUGGAAAGAUUUCUCUUCCUAUUCCCACAUCUGUGAAUACAAAGCAAAGUGGUCCAAAAUGUGAAAGCUAUCUCAUACAGGCAUGUUACUCACCUUUAUUAUCUAAUCAGAGCCUACAAAGAAUGUGCUUUGUCCUCUCUUCAACAGUAAAGAGGCAAAAACCAUAUGCAUUAGUAUGCAGAGUAGUUUUUUGCACAUGAAUAAAACAUGGUUGUGUCCUUUACCUCUGUCCUGGAGCUGCACUCUGUUACACCCCCUACUUGGGCAAAACACCAAGGGAACUCUAUGACAGCAUGUCCUUAUUAACAAGGCUGUUCAUGUGAUUCUCUGGUUAAAGGAAUUCAUUACUGUGCUUCUAAAGGCCAUGCUGUUCAUGUGCAUGUCCAGAGGUUUCAAAUGCAUAAGACUUCAAUUACAUUUCACAAAAAAGGUUGCAGUGCUGACAAUCACCAUUGAGUAAGUCUGACUUCAGUUCUAACUAAAAUAAUAGAGCUGCCCUGCAAGAACUUUUGACCUCUGAUUAGCAUAGGGCAGAUUUUCAAAGCAAAAGAUAAGUGCAAAGAAAAUUUUCUACUUAAAUGGCAUGGACUGCCAACUGGUGAUUGUUCCCUUCUUUUAGAUGUUCCAAUCUUUAUUUUCAUGUACACAGUAGAGACCUGUGGCAACUGGAAAAAGACCGAAAGACAAUCUGGGGAACUGCAGGUUGACCAGUCUUACUCAGGUACCUGGGAAGAUCAUGACAUGUGUCCUCUUGGAGCACGUGUCUUGCCACAUGAGGGAAAAGGUGAUGAACUGUCAGCAUUGCUUGACUACAAAUUAAUAAUGCUUCACGCACCUCAUUUCUUUAUGUGAUAAAAUGACUGGGUUUGUGGACAAGUGGAGAACGGGAUAUCAUUUAGGUUGACUUCAUCAGGGCUUCCAGCACUAUCCUACAAUGUCCUGGUAGCCAAGCUGGAUGUUAGGGACUGGGUGUGUGCCCCACCAGAGGGGUAGAUACGUGGUUGGGUGGUUGGGCUCAGAGGUGGUCACUGGGUUGAAUCUGCUUGUAGGCUGGCGCCCCGAGGGGUUCCACAAGGCCUGCCCUGGGGUUUGUCCCGUUUAAUAUCUCUGUCUGUGAUCUGGGGAGGUGACCAGGUUUGCAGGUGAUGCCAAACCUGGCACAGGGGAGACGUUGAUAUGCACGAGGGCAGGGCUGAUGUCCAGAGGGAUCCUGGGCCAGUGGGAGGAAAGGACAGGGCCCCUGGGCACUUGGGGCAGGAGCAAAGGGCAGCCCUGCCCUAGGCAGGCAGAGCCCUGGGAGACAUGCCAGUGAGAUCUGGGGCAGCUCUGGGGAGAAAGUCCUGAGUCUUGGUGGGCAGUGAGGUGGCAGGGCCAGAGAGGCUGGAGAUGAGGGAAACGUUUCCCCUCAUGAGGACAUCUGGGCAGUGGGGCCAGGCCUAGGGAGACGGUGCCAUCUCCCUCCUUGGAGGGUUCCCAGCCCCCACAGGAUAAUGCCCUGAGCCCUGGUCUGACCCCACGGCUGAGCCUGCUCUGGGCAGGGGGUCAGACUGGAGACCUACCAAGGUCCCUGCCAGCCUGAACUGUCCUGUGGUUACGGUCUGGCAGGCAGGCUGCAGUCACUCUUGCGUAGAGCCAGAGAACAGCUGAGGUGGGCAGUGACCUCUGGAGGGUAAUGGGUCCAACCCUGCUCGGACCAGACUGACUUCCAUCGAUGUUGCUCAUGGCGUUGUCUGAUCAGUUAUGAGUAUCUCAGGUAUCACAGAUAUCACAGAUAAAAGCAGGGGCUGAAUAAACUCCACUGUGAGAGCACAGAUGUGCAAGAGCUUAAAGGUGGCCCUGGAUUCACCAGUGAAACUGUGGGUGCGCUAAAAUAUGAAUCCCAUAGAGAAAAUUUUAGCUAUCAGGAAUAUGGCAUCUAUGGGGUCUAGCACAGUUGUUAAAAUUAAUGGCAUCAUAUCUUUCACUUGAAACGAGAGCUAAUCGGACUUUUCAUAGAAACAUCUAUCUGUAGCAAGGAAUAAAAAGACUUUUAAGAUAGAGGAAUGUAGACAUAUAAGGAUAUUUAGGUAAAAUCACUUAAGACAUUUUUGGCUGAGUAUCAAAGUAAAAGCUUGAUGCUGUGAAGCAGUGAUAUCUCAAAGGCAAACCUUUGAAACUUCAUCCCUAACCGGUAUCUAACGAUAAGCCAAAAUGUUUGAAAAUGUGUAACAGCCAAAAGCUAAUUUGUGAAACUAAGUUCAAUGCCAGCUUCUCUUCCAUUUAGAAAAUUGUCUCAUUAUAGUACAAGAGAGUGUCUUUUCCAGCUUCAGUUAAAUAUGACUAACAUUUGCCAGACUUUUGGUUUUCAGUACAAGCAGCAACAUAAGAAAUUGCAGGUCAGGGAAUACUGAAAUUUAGUACUGCAGCCUAUGCAUACGGUAAUUUAAUGUUUCUGCCAAAAUGUUCAGUAGUGUAGCUGACGGAUGAAACUGCAGUUUCAGCCUUCUGCAUUAAACAAUCGGGAUGCAAAGCAGUUUGUCCUUGCCGAGAUUUCUGUCUGUCUCAGGCUGCCUCUUCACUGGAAAUUAAUCUCACACCACUUUGUCUCCUGCUAGCGUUCUCUGCCCUGUCUCUGUGAUAGCCGUAUUUGGAAAUAAUUUCUGAUAACCUAGAUUCUGGAGGAAGGACCUUCUGGCAUUUGUGGGGUUUUUUUAGUAGCCAAGGGCAGCUGCGCAGACAAACCACACAGAAUGAAAAGGACUGGGAAAAUAAGUGAUGACUAAUUAAAUUCAUACCAGUUUUUGGCAGAGAAUUGGGCACUGGCAGGAUGAGGAACAUUUUGGGUUCAGGCUGCAUUUAGCAUUGUUACUGCCAAGGUCUGACACUUCCCCUUCAGGUUGGAGACUUGACAGGUAGCUGAUGCAAACUGAUUAACAUGUUUGUUGAUUAAUGAUCAUACUAGAAGGAAAUGGGUAGGACAGCAAAAUUCUCAGUGAUCUAGGCUAUCAUAUACCAGCCUGUAAUUAAAUAACAAUAGAGAGUAUUGGGCUUGACUAUGAAAGUUAAUUAUAUGUUUGAAGUCCAGUGAAACAUGUAAACAUGUAAUCACAAUCAAAUUACAAUUCUGUUACUGUGGAGGUGCAAAUCGAUUUCCUCCCGCACUAAAUCUGACAGACACAGACCUGAUGGUAGGUUGCCCAAGGAGGGUCCCUCCGGCAUCCCAGUGGGCUGGGGCACACAGGUCAGCAUCACUGCUGUCUGCAGGCAUUUGUGCUCCUACUGCUGGAGCAUCCUUUUUUUCUCUGCCUGAUUUCAUACCUUACACCCUAUUUUUUCUUAUUUUAACAUGAUUUUUUUUGUCAUCCUUGCAUCUUCCUUCACCCAAAAAGCUCCCCUCAGCAUACCACACCUAAUUGCUUUUCUCCAUUGGUCCCAGUUUUACUACAUCUGCACCCAAAUUUUGUAUUUCUGGUACUGUGAUUUAGGCAAUAUUGGGCAUGUGUGGCUUUACCAACUGUAAGGCUUGGUAUGAGUGGCUUUGCACCCCAAAGUUCCCUACUAUUGUUCACUUCAGCCUGGUUGGACUUAGUUAAUUCCUAGACAUAAUUACUGUACUUUCGUCUCCAUUCCCCUGCCUGGCUCAUAUUAAGCACAAACAGAUUCUCACCAUACACACCAACUAUUUUCAUACCAGGGCAACAGCGUAACUUGUUUUUCACACUUCUGCUGUGGGCUGUCACAGGCCUCCCAUAGACCUUGGCUGCUGUGGGGCUGCAUGUCCCACGGCACCUCCAGUAUGCCAAGGCCAAGGGGAUUCUGAGCUCUGGAAUGUGCAGGAAGCUGACUGAAUGAAGCCAUGAGGCACCUUUCAGUGUCAGGACCUCUAGGAUGGGGAAACAGAGAGGCACUAACAAGGCUCUUUAUAGGGUACAGGAAUGUGGGGUAGCAACACAGCACCUCACAAGCUUGUGAGUUACGGUUCAGGGGUGGACGAUGCUAGCAUGGCUUGACUGCAGUGCACUCAUGGAUGUUUGAUUUCCUGUGAUUCCAUCAAAUAAAGUUGCUUUUUGAUGCCAGCUGGUAGUUGCCACAGUGGCUCUGUAAAAUGUGAAUUGUACCCUUUCACCAUCCCUCAAAUUCUCCACAAAAAGGCAGCUAUAUUUCUGAAUGGUUUUUAGAAUGGUUGAAACCCACAGGACUGUAGCAUCUGGCUGAGCUGUAUUUACAGCUGAUGUAUUUCAGGCAAAAUUUUCACAUAUGUACAAAACAUAUGCAAAUAAAAUUUAAACUGUGAAGAUAUGACCAUAUAAUAAAGCAUUCCAGUCACCUUUCUGAUAGUGCAUUUAAGAAAUAAUAUGAACAUAAAAAAAAAAAUCAUAACUAAUAGACUCCAUUAACCUUCACAAUGUCUCUUUUCAAACUAAUCACCCAGUUUUCAUUCCCAUCUUCACAUAUUUCAAUAGAUUUCUUUGUCCAUUUGUGAACAAACCUACCAGUCUGUCACAUGUGAAAAGAAAUGUCUGUUUGUUUGACUGGUCUAAUGAAUGUGAUGACAAUGUGAUGUCUUCAAUUAGUUCCAGAGAGGUGCCAGCUUGUAAGUGUGCUUAUUACAGAAAAAAAGUAGCCAAAUCUAGGACUAGCUUUACAUAUUAGUGUCAGAGUAUAUCUAGCUUUUUAAUUAUGGAGCUUUGUUAAUCAAGAGUGUGAACACAUAAAAAAUUGUGCCAUGCUUGAGCAGAUGGUUGUGUUGGUGGGGGCUGCACUAAAUGUUGUAGCAUUUUAUGUGGCUUUGUUAUGCUUUCUCUGCUCGUAAUUUUAUUUGAAAGUGUAAAUUCACAAACUGAAUACCAGAGGUACCUUUCAUUUUGCUAAAAACUUCCAUGUUUUAGUCCUCUGUUUCUGUUAAUUUCUAAUGCUUAAUAAAGACACAUUACAAAACCAAUGCAUUCAGAUAGAUGCCAAAAGACAUGCCUGUUGGCUAAAGCACAACCCUUCUACAAAGGUUAAUAUUUGGAAGUUGCAGCAAUUUUGAGGCAAGCCUUGGACAGCCAAGAUGACCAGAAUGAUGCUGAAGCCACGGGCUGCGAUCAGGGAGAAACCUGUUAGCAACAGUUUUGAAACAGAGCUUCAGCCCCAUUUCUGAAAGCUGCAGGCCAGUUCCCAUCUGCGCGAGGAGGCAGGUGCUCCUGGUGCAGUUUCAGCUCUUUGCUGAGCUUCCUACACCUGCUCUGGGUUCCAGGCAAGAAAAUAUAUGCUGGAGUCUGGUACAGAGGAAGAGGGAUUAAGUUAUUUUGCAGGAGACUGAAGAAAGAAUCCAAGAUGCAACAGUUGAGUGCUCUGAGCCCCAGCCUGACUGUGGUUUACCAGAGGAAAAGAAGAGGACAGCAACCUACAUCGCCUCUCACCAGCCCCUGUUAUUCGAAUUCUGCCUUUUGGAUCUACAGCUCAGUGAGGGUCAGAGAGGUUUUCCUAUGGAGGAGGAAAUCUCCCCAUGGCCUUGCAACAGUCUAAAUGGGGAGGAAUUAAGUGUUUUUCCCUUGAGGGCAUUUGUCUGAAUUCCAGAAAGCCUGAUUGUGCAGAGACUGAAAACAUUUUUGCUUUUAAACCCAAACAGGGCUACUUCUUUCUUGAAACACAAGCCAGUAUUAUUCCACUGUGCAAUGAAAGAUCAAUUCUUCAGGCUGUGAAAAUGAGGCUCUUAGAUAACUUGGGUGCCAGAGGUCACAAAGGCAUCCUCUGCCCCGCUCGGUGCACAGAGAUCUGUCUAUCUGAGGGCAGCUGCUGGAAACAGCCUUGCUGCAGUUGGUGGAGCCUGUGACCAAACCAAUUGAGGAGCAGCUGGUGGGAUUUCAAACGCUCUCUGUUUGCAAAGAGAAUUCAAAGAAUAUUUUGAGGAAGAAGCUGGGAAUAACAGAACAAUGACUCAACAAAAGCAAACUGCGUGGUUAUGGCGGUUCUGAAAGGGCAGCAUUUACUCUAGUGCAGACAAAGAAGGAGAACUUGGAGUGGUCAGGCAUGAAAUUCUUUGCAAGUGGGAAGGUAAAAAAAAAAAAAAAAAAAAAAGAUCCAUCCAUGGAGGUCAGGGAAACUGAGCCAAAGGCUUCUUGGAAGGUAGGAUGAAGAACGAAAGGAAGCUGGGGAGGGCAGAGCAGCAAGAGACCAUCAGUGGUGGGCUGGGGAGCCCAGUGGUCAUGAGUUGCAAAGGGAGGCUAAGAAUGUCAAAUCUGUGUGUGACAACCACAGCACUGAGAUGCAAAUCGGGACUUGAAGUCUUACAGGAAGGCUUUCAAGAGGAAGAGCUAGUAGACUGCUCUGAAGCUGAUACAAGAUUCUCUGAGAAAAAGAGCAGGACCUGGAGGACCUGUGAUAGGGAGCAACUUUUUUGCAGAUACCUGCAUUAAAUCUCAGCUGUGCUUUUCUACCAGCUCCUGCAGAGCCGAAGAUUAGCAGGCAUGUCCAUAGCACUCAAGCAAGUGUUUAAUAAAGAUAAGACUUUUCGCCCAAAGCGGAAGUUUGAACCUGGAACCCAGAGGUUUGAACUUCACAAACGAGCACAGGCCACUCUGAACUCAGGAGUGGACUUGAAAGCGGCUGUGCAGUUGCCAAGCGGAGAAGACCAAAAUGACUGGGUGGCUGUCCAUGUUGUUGACUUCUUCAAUAGGAUCAACCUCAUUUAUGGAACUAUCUGUGAGUUCUGCACAGAGAAGACGUGCCCAGUGAUGUCUGGAGGCCCUAAAUAUGAGUACCGGUGGCAGGAUGACAUGAAGUACAAGAAGCCCACAGCAUUGCCAGCACCCCAAUAUAUGAAUCUUCUCAUGGACUGGAUCGAGGUGCAAAUCAACAAUGAGAAUAUAUUUCCUACAAAUGUAGGUGUUCCCUUUCCAAAGAAUUUCCUUCAGAUCUGCAAGAAGAUACUCUGCCGGCUUUUUCGGGUGUUUGUUCAUGUCUACAUCCAUCACUUCGACCGCAUCAUCCUCAUGGGGGCUGAGGCCCACGUCAAUACCUGUUACAAGCAUUUUUAUUAUUUUGUGACAGAGCUUAACCUCAUAGACCGCAAAGAACUAGAGCCUUUGUACAGCACACUGUAUGAGGCAAAGGAGGGAAAUGCAGAGUUGAACUCUAAAGGAUUUGUGUUUGACCUAGUGAAAUUUCCUGCAAUAGGAAGAACCCAUUACAAUCCAGGAGCUGAACCAGCCACAGAGAAGUACAAAAUGUACUUGUUUUGGUUGCUUACUCUGCUGGGAAGAACAUGGAGUUUUCAAGGUGAUGAAAUAAACCUCCUGCAAGUGGCAGGGUUUUGGCCUUUGGCUGUAUAUCUCCCAACAGGUACUCUUGCUUCCACCGCAGAGAUACCCAGCCACGGCCUGACCAUCCCGUGCCAUGGGCCAUUUCUCCUUUUCCCGUGCCUGGUAUUUGAUAUCCCAAUAAGAACAAUGUCUGGAACGUGGCAUCACUAUAUCACAGUGUCAUAUUACCCCUUCCCAUAGCGGAGAGAGGGACAGCAUCCUCUUGGAUCUUGUGCUCAAGGAUUCCUACUUCAUCAGUUAUUUGCUCAAGGCCACAUCUGGACAGAAUUGUGUUUUCAUUGUUAAUUGCAGGUCCUGAUUUAUGUGAUUCCUCAGGAUAUGUAAUGAGAACUGAGUUUAAUUGUAAUUGUAUGCAGAGGCACCCAUUUCACCUACUGAGAAAAACUUUCUACCUGAUCUUACCAAUUAUGUAUGUUCCUAAUCAUUCCAGCAUUUCAUAUGGUUCUGGGAUUUACAGGGGGAAGGGAUUGUUGUUUGGGUUUGUUGUUUGGGGUUUUUUUAAUCACCUUUCUAGUGUUUCAAUCAGGUCUUGUUUUUCUUCCCUAAAAAAACAAUUUUUUUUUUUUUUAGUUUGGUACUUAUCUUAAGAGAUGCUGUUAGUGUUAAGCUUCAAGGCACUAUAAGAUGGAUUGCUUCAGCUGAGUGAGACCACAGUCAGCUUUACUUCAGAGUGUAAUCCUGUGAUACCAAAAUUGCCUUCAGUGAUUAAAGACUUAAUAGCUUUCA